AUGGGUUUCACGCAAAGGUUGCUGAUGAUACUGGUGGGUACCUUGUUGGGUGUAACAGAAAGAAGUGUGGGUUGGCAGCAUAAUUAUGGAGAAGCAUUGUCAAAGAGUAUCUUGUUCUUUGAAGGGCAGAGGUCAGGGAAGUUACCACCAACACAGAGGAUGACUUGGAGGAAGGAUUCUGCCCUUCAAGAUGGUUUUCAAGUUGACUUGGUUGGUGGUUACUACGAUGCUGGUGACAACAUCAAAUUCAACUUUCCUAUGGCAUUUUCAACAACAAUGCUGGCCUGGAGUGUAAUAGAGUUCGGAAAAUUCAUGGGUCCAGACCUAAAACAUGCGCUGGACGCUAUUCGUUGGGCCACAGACUAUUUCCUUAAAGCCACAAGCAUCCCCGGGUUUGUGUUUGCGCUAGUUGGUGACCCAUAUGCUGAUCACAAUUGCUGGGAGAGACCUGAAGACAUGGACACUCCUAGAACAGCCUAUGCUGUUAGCAGGGAACACCCUGGCUCUGAAGUUUCAGCAGAGAUAGCAGCAGCACUUGCAGCCUCUUCCAUUGUAUAUAGGAAAUAUCAUCUUGGUUAUUCUGCUAGGCUUCUCCAAAGGGCUAUAAUGGUUUUUGAAUUUGCAGAUAAGUACAGAGGAUCAUACAAUGACAGCCUCGGACCGUGGGUAUGCCCAUUCUAUUGUGAUUUUAGCGGCUACCAGGACGAAUUGGUCUGGGGAGCAGCAUGGUUGUUCAAGGCUACUAAGCUCCCUUAUUACUGGGAUUACAUUGAUGAAAACAUCAACAAUCUGAAAAACUUUGGUGAAUUUGGAUGGGACUCAAAGGAAGCUGGCAUCAACGUGCUCGUUUCAAAGCUUCUAAUUAAUAGUAGCUCUUCUAAGCCUUUCAACCUCAAUGCGGACAAGUUUGUCUGUACUGUGCUACCUGAAUCGCCUUCAGUAUCAGUCUCAUACUCUCCAGGUGGGCUUAUAUUCAAGCCUGGUGGGAGUAACUUGCAGCAUGCAACAGCAAUCUCAUUUCUUUUUCUGGUUUAUGCUGGCUAUUUGAAUAAAGCAAAUAAAGAAAUUGACUGUGGCAGCAAUGUUUUUGCUUCUCCAAGAAGACUUAAACAAGUAGCAAGAGGCCAGGUGGAUUACAUACUAGGAAGCAAUCCAUUGAAUAUGUCAUACAUGGUAGGAUACGGGCCAAAAUAUCCUGAAAGGAUACAUCAUCGCGCGUCGUCAUUACCUUCCAUUGAUCAGCACCCUAGCCACAUCGAUUGCAAAGGAGGGUCCCCCUAUUUUGAAAGCCAAAACCCUAAUCCUAACUUGCUCGUUGGAGCUGUUGUGGGGGGACCUUAUAUCAAUGAUUCAUAUGCAGAUUCUCGAAUAGAUUUUGUACAUUCAGAACCUACGACAUACAUCAAUGCACCUCUUGUGGGUGUUUUGGCUUACUUCCAAUCACAUCCAUCCUAA